UUAUUGUUAUUGAAGGUGACAUGAUUUGACAAUAGAAAAUAUUAAAAGGAAAUACAAGGAAAAAAGAUUGGUCCGUGGCUAUGAAACGAUAAGUCAGCGAGGAUUGGGCAUGGAAAGGCAACGAGCUUAUCUUCUUUAUUCUAGUACAAAUUCAAGGUCAUGCCAUUAAUAACCAGAGCAGAAGAUAAUAACGAAUCUAUAUGGAUAAGGGCCACUAUAAAAACAUAUAUAUGUACAUGGCAGCAUUACUAUUGACAAGGACCUAUCUAAGCCAACAAGCAAGUGCAUGGAGUUUUUAUCCACCCGACCCCAACGAACAACAGAAAUGGGUGAAGGUGAUCUGAAAGAAAUGUUUCAAGUUCCAGCUGGUUUUGUUGAGAAGAAUCAGAAACAUGGAGAUAAUCACUGGAUGAACAUGGAAGAAUAUGAUCAUGAUGAUGUUAUUACAACUUCUGAAACAUCCCUGGGGGAAUAUUCAAGAACUUCUCAGGGAUCAACUUCUUCGUCAGACUUGGUAGAUGAUGCAUCUUCUUCAUCAACUUCAAAUUCUUCCGCCAAUUGUAAUGGACCUUUAUAUGAAUUGUCACAGCUCAUGGCCCAACUUCCCAUCAAGAGAGGGCUUUCCAAUUAUUUUCAAGGCAAGUCUCAGUCGUUUACAUCCCUCUCAAGUGUAAAAAGCAUAGAAGAACUUGCAAAGAAAGAAACUCCUUACAAGAAGAAAAUGACGAAGUCAUGUAAAAGCUAUGGGGGUGGUUUGGAUACCCACAAAUUGUAUACUCUUCCAAGGGCCACCAUCUCAAAGAAAGUCUCGAGAAAUUCUCUGGCAUCCUUAUCUUUUCCAGGCAGAAGAAGUAGUUUUCUAAGGGGAAGGCCUCCUCUAAUUCCUGUACAAAAGAACUUUUCAUCUGUAUAGAGCUUUAUAAAGUUGCAAGAAUCACUGCAACGCGGAAAAAAUAUUUCUUUUCAUUGUAGAUAUUGUAAAGAAUUUUCACACAUGAUUUGGUGAAUCAAAUCUGUAGUCAAAACUCUAUUUUACUAUUUUCCAUUGAAAGUUAGAAGGCAAAAUUCCAAUUUGUGGCUGCUAAGUUUUGUUAU